GUGCUCGCCGGGUCUUCCCCCGAGGUCCCCCGGGCCUUCCCCCGCGGUGCCCCGAGGCCUUGCUUUCCCCAACCUCGUACCGGCGGCGGGGCGGAGCGGAGCGGAGCGGAGGCCGCGGUGAGGCGGGGGGAGCCGGGGCUGCGGGUCCCGGCGGUCGGGAGGCGAUCGCGAUGUCGCUGGUGCCGUACGAGGAGGGAGGCGGCUGGGCGGCCCGGCAGCUCCACAGCCCCUGGGCCAGCUACAGCUUCGCCAGCAGCAGCAUCCGCCUGCGGCAGGACUGGCGGCGGCUGGGGGUGGCGGCCGUGGUCUGGGAUGCGGCUGUUGUCCUCUGUGCUUAUCUGGAGAUGGGAGGCGUUGAUCUCCGGGAUCGGUCUGUGAUUGAGCUGGGAGCUGGAACUGGAUUGCUGGGAAUAGUGGCCACCUUGUUAGGUGCUCGUGUUACCAUCACAGACAGGGCAGUGGCCCUGGAGCUCCUGGAGUCCAACGUCCAGGCAAACCUUCCUCCUGAACUACGUCCCAGAGCUGUGGUGAAGGAACUGACAUGGGGCAAAGACCUGGGAAACUUCCCUCCAGGAACAUUUGACUUCAUCCUGGGUGCUGACAUCGUUUACCUGGAGGAAACAUUUGAGGAGCUGCUGCAGACUCUGGAGCACCUGUGCUCAGAGCAAGCUGUCAUUCUGCUCUCCUGCCGCAUCCGCUACGAGCGGGAUCACAAGUUCUUGAGGAUGCUGAGAGGCCCCUUCUCUGUGCACGAGGUCCACUAUGAUUCCAGUAAGGAUGUUCAUAUCUAUAAAGCACAGAGGGGGAGUCCCAAGGAUGACCUCUGACUCUUAUACUUUGCUGAUAAACCACUGUUGCUGUUCAGUCCUCCCCUUGUUUAUACUCAAUACACUUGUUCCUAAGCAU